GAUUCUGUCAUUUUGUUUGCGAGAGAAGAGAGGAGAGGAGAGAAGAGAGGAGAGGGUGGCACAGAACAGCGAGAAGGGAGAUAUUAGAGAACAUGCCCACUGACAUACAUGUAGAAAUCAUGUUGACUCUACCGUAUGAAGAACCAGAUACGACGUUUGAGCCCCGGUUUGGCGCCAACUAUCCACGCGGGAGCUUACCAGACCUGGAGCGAGACCCGAUACACAGCCUGGACGUCAUGUCAAACCCGGAGAGAGAGGAGGAGGAGGAGGAGGAAGAGGAUGACGUCUCAGAAAGAGAGGAAGUGGAAGAAGAGAGAGAGGAUGACAACCAGCAGGAUGCAAACAUCCUCCACAGAAAGAGAGGACCGCGGAAAAAUAAGACUAAAGGAAGGCAGGAGAGGGUCAAGGUGCGGCGUCAUGAGGCGAAUGCCCGUGAGCGCAGCAGGAUGCACGGUCUGAAUGACGCGUUGGAGAGCCUCCGAAAGGUGGUACCCUGCUACUCCAAGACCCAGAAGCUUUCCAAGAUAGAGACUCUCCGCCUGGCUAAGAACUACAUCUGGGCCCUGUCGGAGACGCUGUCUGUGGGCAAGAAGCCGGACCUGCUGGGGUUCGUUCAAACUCUGUGUAAGGGCCUGUCCCAGCCCACGACCAACCUGGUGGCCGGCUGUCUGCAGCUCAACACCAGGUCCUUCCUCACAGACCACAACGGAGAGGUGACGUUCCCCGGUAGUAGGGCCCACUAUGACAACACGUACCCCUACCCCGGGGCAGAGCUGGGCACGCCCUCUGGACAAGGCUGCAGCACCCUGGACAGCGCCAAGCCCUCCUACCACAGCCGGCACUACAGCUACGGUGGCCAGUGUGAGCCAUACUACGACAACACGUCUCCUGAGGGAGGAAGGGAGGGACAGAUCAGCCCUCCUCUGAACUUUAACGGGAUAUUCUCUCUGAAACACGAUGAACCGGGGGAGUACGGGAAGAGCGGCCACUACGGGAUGAGGUACAGCUCGGCCUCCAUGUACCGGGUCUCGCCAGAGGGCCGGUUCCACUAUGACCUACACCUUCGGCCUGCCGGACAGAGCUACCAGGCUGGGACUCAGAGCCAGCAGGCAGAGCUACCAGGCUGGGACUCAGAGCCAGCAGGCAGAGCUACCAGGCAGAGCUACCAGGCUGGGACUCAGAGCCAGUAGACAGAGCUACCAGGCUGGGACUUAAAAUGCUAUUUAUUGAUUGAGUUUAUGUAUCUAUUCAUUUAUAGCCUAUUUAUUGAAUUAUUUAUUUAACUAUGUGUUUAUUUAUUGAUAUUAACAUAAAGUAGUUUGUAACAGGGAACAAUGUUGUGUAAAAAAUGUUUUUUAAAUUGGACCUAUAUCUAUAGCUGAUAAACAAUUAGGCUUCUGAAUCAUAUUAACUCAUAAUUAAGCUAAUAAAAUUAUGGGAAUUUGGAGAUGACCAGUGGUGUAGAUUAUCAAGGUAAAAAGCAGACACGAAUCGUCAUCUCAUCAGGGAAUUAUGUUUGAUUUGAUUUAUUUUCCUAUCGACUUUAAGAUUGGAUUAAAAUCAUUAUAUUAGCAAUAACGGUAGAAUAAACUAUGCGAAUGAAUGCAGCCCAAUGCAAUCUCAGAUUGAAAUCGCGGCCUUGCUAGAGCGAAGGACGUGAGGAGGCCUGCGAAAAUCUUCUAUAAAGAGACGCAAUGCCAGAAAUAUACAUACUAUAGGAAUAGAUUUGGGAGAUUCUGGAGAUAUAAAAAAAUUAAAAUACUGAUUUUGUCCCACAUAAGAAACGACUCUGUUCUGCUAUAGGACUUUAUGCUGACUGGGCGCGUGUUGGAUGAAGUGUUUAAAUUAGGCUCAUUCAUUAUGUCAUCAUGCCAAAGCCUCAAAGCGGGCAGGUAAUAUUAGCUGAAGUGUGUUCAAAUCAAAUUAACGGUUCAACUGUAUAAAAGUCAAAGGAAAAUGCAUUUGUAUUUAAAUCAGCGAAGUAGAAAAAGGUGAAAGUGAUGGAUUAAUGUAUAUAAAAAAAUAAUGAUCCAUUCGAUUACGAAUAGUCCUAUGUCCUUUUUUUGUCUGAAUAAUGUAUUUAAAAAAAAAAAGUAAAUUAAUAAUUUUGUGAAAAUGUUUCGAUGCAGUAUUGAGUGACUGUUGAUCUUCUGUCAUUCUGUAAAUUAUCAUCAAUAUUGAUCCUCACCUCCUUCGUCAUCAAUCACUAUUAUUAUCGUUUUGACUGAAGAGCAUCAUCAUAUUAUGAGCCAUGGUCCAUCAGAAUACAGUACACUCUGGAUAGAACCAAAAAGGGUUGUAUGCUAGCUUUAUAUAUGGCACCAUUCAGGUUCUAUAUAGAACCGAAAUUGGUUCUAUAUAGCCCAAAGCCCAUAAUGUGGUCCUCUGUAGCUCAGCUGGUAGAGCACGGCGCUUGUAACGCCAAGUGGGUUCGAUUCCCG